UACCAUUUCCGGAAACCGUCAUCUAGUGUGGGCAGAUAUUGGUAUAUUGGAACAUGCAAGGGUAAUUUAUACCACGGCGAUGUAUCUACAAUUUGAGGAUAAUUUUGUAAAUGGUGUACCAUGUGUUGCCAAAGUUGUUAAUAUGCAUCCUCCACUAUAUGACUAUCAUGUGAAGCAUCCAAAGAAAGAUUUCCUCAUGCACACCGUGACCUAUGACGAGUCAACAUGUUCAAUUCAAUGCACGUGCAAAUACUUUGAUGAGGUUGGUCUUCUUUGCAAACAUUGUCUUCGUGUGCUUCACCUUAAUAAUGUCACAACUAUUCCAAAGAGAUACAUUGUAAAAAGGUGGACAAAGGAUGCUAUGUGCACUAAAGUGGAUGACCAUGUUGUUGAGGAAUCCGGAGUGGUCCCUUCUAGUGUUUGGAGGCUGAAUACAUUAAGGAAUUUCAAUAAAUUAAUCAUCAUGAGUCAAAAUGAUAUGAGUGCAAGAAAUAUUAUGGAAGCCGCCUUCACUGAGUGUCAAAAGAGGGUCGAGCUCUUGGUCGGGAGUUCUGAAAACGCUAAACAAACCCCGGAAAAUGAUGGCACUCAAAGUUUAGAUGACAUUUAUGAAGAUGGAAAUUUGCUUGAAACUGGUAACAUAGGAGAUGGAGGAGUGGAUGAGGCUAAUGAGGAUGGGCCUAAUGGGAGUGAGAUUGAAAUGGAUGACAUUGGAGGUGAGAAUGAUAAUGAGCUUAAUAUUAAGGAUCCAAUUAAAAAAAGAAAGAAGGGUGUUAGGAAUAUCAGACUAAAAAGCACUCAAGAGAAGAUAUGCAAUAAAUUGAAAGGCCAAAAGUUAAAAUCAUGGAAAAAGAGAACUGGAACUGGGAUUGGCAAGAUGAAAUCGAAAGCUCAAAAAUCAGUAAAGGAAUAUUUGGAUGUACCUGAGAAUAGUUGUGUUGCGCACCCUACCAAUCCUGAAGCGCAAUUGCAAUUUCAUGGACAUGAUGAGUACUUUGGAAUCAAUGUUACUCCUUUUGGGAAUUAGAAUAUUCAUGUUAUUUAGAAAUAUUUAGGCUAAGAAAUAAGUGAAUGAAAAAAUAUUAGAAUUUAUAGUCAACCUUCUGUAUUUCAUAUUGGUUUGUGAUUAUUUGACAUUACUUUUCUAAGCCGUUUGAACAAUGGAUGAAUAUUUAUCA